AUGGAGCGGCACUCCGACUACGACAAUCGGGCUUUGUACAGUCAGGAAUUCAGCCUGAUGAGGGAAGCAUAUACUAUAGUUGAGCCGAUUGCGGACAUCAUCCGGGCCAAGUGCUUCUUGAACGGGACGAGCAUCUGGUAUAAUGGAGUUCACUUCUAUGUCCGCCCGCCAGAUGAAAUGCAACGCAGCUUUCUGGGCCUGCCACCGUUGAGAUCUGCUUCUAGUCCGGACUCCGGAAGCUUGUCGGUGUUGAUUUUGGACUUGGACUCCGUCCCCCAACUGCACUUUGCGCGGAGUAUGCCCCAGACCGCCAACUUUCUCUUCUCGCUGCCACACGUCGAACUGAAGGGCUUUAAUCGAUUAGGCAGCAAUUUCGAAAGCCUGAUACCUCAUCACGGGCUAAAUAAGGAUUCUUUUUACGACACGGCGGGAAAGGUGGAGGAGAAUUUGCCGCUGGCCCUACUCUUCUACCUCAUCUCCAACCUAAGGGUGAAUAAUCACCGCCUGGUCACGGCCUACGAUCUUCACGCCACGCUCCUGGACUUGGCCUACUUGACGUCCAUCAAAGAUAAUUGGGUCGAGCAGCGCAGUCUCGAUCUUGUGGCCCAGGGAAGGGAUCUGCCGCGGGGAAUAAGCUUAUUCCUACCAGUGCCGAACUCUAGGGACUGUAGCGCAGCUGAAGUACCCACGAAGUAUUGCCAGAGUCAGAAGCUUGCAGAAGUGUCCAUAACGGACCGGAAGGUUUUACAGGCCGCUCUCUUUAUUGUCGAAAGCAUCAACAGGGCUCUGCACAUGCAUAUUCCACCGUGCCACAAGUUGUCACUGAAACUAGUGUUGGCUACCGGCAAGUGGCAACGACCGAAGGAUGAGGUCCAUUCUGAGCUCUUGAUUAGGCUACUAACCACUCCUGGCGAGGGCCAGUUAGAAGGUGUCGUAAGGAACACUGGUCAUGAACUUGCCUUAAACGGACCUGCACUGCGCACAUAUGCGUACGAAAACGACUCGUACUGCAUAGAUAAAUAUCUGGUUAAUAUGUAUUGCUUUUGUCCCCAAAUGUCAAAGGUCCUUAAAACGUAA